UGUAAGAGAACCAGGAUGAAUUUCAGAGUGUGGUUGUUAGUGUGGUUUUGUGGUUUAACUUUGGCUGAGGAUGAGUUAGGUGAAUCACAAGUAACCACUGAUAUAAAGUCCUGCUUUCCUAACAUGUGCAAGCUCCUUAAAGAAUUUAAGGCCAUGAAAGAGAAACUAAAAGCUAUGGAAACAAAUAUGAAUGAGAAGCAAGAAGCUCUCGAAACAAGGCUGAAUGAGAAUGAAAGUCUGGUUCUGGAGCUGAAGAAGAAAGAAGCACAAAAGGUCGCAUUCAGCGCUGCAACAGGUGGAAAUGGAGCAUGUGGGCCUUUCACCACACAUACAACCAUAAUCUACAGAAAAGUGAUAACAAAUGUGGGCAAUGCCUAUAAUCAGAACACAGGUAUUUUUGUUGCACCUGUUGCAGGCAUAUAUUACUUUACCUUCUUUUAUCAUGCUGGAGGAAACCAACCUGUAAGUCUAGCCCUCAUGAAGAACAACGAACUUAUUGUGACUGCCUAUGAUCUUAAGUCAUCUUACGAUGGGUCUGAUAAUGGUGGAAAUGCAGCAUUUCUGCAACUGCAGCAAGGAGACCAUGUUUAUAUGCGGCUGCUUGCUACCACUCAUUACUUUGGGAACAGCCACAUCACUACAUUCAGUGGGGUUCUUCUGCAUCCACUGUGAAAUGUAUACAUGAGUUUCUUUUUGUUUGUGUUUGUUUUUAUUAAUUAAUCUACCUGCAAAUAAAACUGCAUUAUCGUAAUAAUAUUUCUGAUCCUUUUGGUAAUGUAUGUGCACACACUGAAAACAACUAAGAUUGUAAAUUACAUCCAAUU